AUGUUUGCAGUAUAUUUUCAUGGGCAGUAUGAAGGUUCUGAUGGUCUAAUAGACAAAUUUGACGAAAUGAGAAUCUUUACAGUUCGUUCAGACGAAAGUCUUGAGAAAACUCUAAAUGACUUUCAAACUCAAAUAAACAAAUACUACUGGGAAUUUCAAGAAAAAUACGACUCUUUACUAAAUGGAACAUACUAUCUGAAACUAGAAUAUGACAAGAUGAACUCCACAGUUUCAUUUCAAAGGAUUGAAAUUAACCCUCGAAGAAGUACACAGUUUUUAUUUUGGGAAGUAGACAAACGUUCUUGGGCGCAAUUUCUUCGGUUACUAAACCAGAACGAACCAUUACCACCUGACGGUCCGUUUAAAUUUAUACGCCCACCAACAGAUUUGACAGUUUAUAGAAACGUGUUUGACCCUCAAAAUGUCAUGUGUCAUGCAAGUUUCAGUUCAAGCAACAACAGUUUUCUAUGUAUCGGUAAGGACUUUUAUGACUUUGCUUCUAAAUUCUACGAACCACCUAGUAACAGUUUCUCUGACUUUCAAGUUUGGUUCACUACAAACGGUGUGCAGCAUAUUAUACCUUUGUACUAUGACUUUUAUCUCGAAUUGUCUUUCAUAUACAACUACGGAAAAGUGCUGAAAAAGUACUGA